AAGAUUGCGAGUGUUAUUUUUUCUGAAAUUUGAUUCAUGAUAUUAUUUAAGUUAUAAUAAUAUAAUACAGAUAUAGUUUUAUUUUUAACGAUUGAUUGGUGGUAAUAUUUCCUAAUGGAUAAUAUUUACGAAAACUUAGAUAACUAUGAUGAUGUUAAUAUUGUCGAAGAUUUGAAAAAUGAAAAUAAGGAGUUGAAAAUGAAGGUUGAAGAGUAUUCUACAACAAUGACGCGAUUGCAAAAUAACAUUUUGCAGGAAUUUGACAAAUUAAAUGGGGAAUAUAAAAAAUUGCAGUUAAAUUAUUCAACAUUGUUAAAAACAGCCAGGGCAGAGAUAGAACGGAAAACUCAUAUGAUCACAAAUCUUAAUAUCGAAAAAGACUCAAUGUUAUUGAGAGCAAUGCAGAAUAACAGCAGACACCUGAUAUCGCUCAAAGCAAAGCUAAACACAGCUCAAGUACAGACUAAUGAAGAUAAAAGAACACCCAGUAGUAAUAAAUCAGUAUCUCCAGCCCCAGUGGUCAAAAGUGAAAAGACAAAGGAACAUAAAAAAAAUAACGAUAAACACGAUGCUUAUGUUUCUAAAGAAAAUAAAUAUGAAGGUCGAUCGCAGGAAAGAGGAAAGCCACAGCGAGAUAGAAAAGAUAUUGGUAAAUCAAGGAGAAUCAUGGAUAGGAGAAAGUCUUUGCCUGCAAGGCAAGCAGAGAUAUCUCCUGUGUUUAGUUCAGAAGAUGAUGAAAAGUAUGAAUCUUUGAGAGAAGAGACAAAGGCUGGUAAAAAUUAUAAUAAUAAACGAAGUAGUAUACCUGAAACUACGACCACAAGAACUAGAUUUUCUAAUCAAAGAUUAUACAGAGAUCCUAGAGAAAGACUAAGAAAGGAAAAUUAUUAUAAUCAUCAUAGUAAAAGGCUUAUCACAGCAGAAGAAAGAGGUAAAUACUUCCGCCAAAGAAGUCCACCUUCAGAUAGAUACAAAAGAAAUAGAAGUCGUGAACGCCGUGCACAUUAUGUUAAAGAUCAGCGGGAGUAUGACAGUUCACCCUCCUAUGUUCAUGGAAGGCCACCCAUGAAGCAUAAAGUAGAAACAAGUUUAGAAGAGCCUAGUUUAAAAAGGGUAAGACGAGAAUCAAGUGGCCAUCACUUAAGUGAAGUUGUAAACGAAAGAGAGGUGACUGAUAUCAAAACUGUGAUAUCACCUGAUGAUACAUUUAGGUCGUGUAUGUCACCAGAUCAUAUUGAUAGUAAUGUUUCACUUCAGCACCCAGUUAAAGAAAUAAUGCAUACUUCAGUAAUCCCAUUAGAAGAUCCCCGAAUGUGCGAUAAGAAUUAUAUUUUGAAGACUGAAAACGAUAAAGUUCUUUUAUCAACAAUAUGUUGUAAAGAUAUUGAAUUAAAAGUAAUAGACAAAAGUGUUUGGGGUAUUGCAAAAGUGAUUGCACCUGACGCAUUGCGAGAAUUACCAGCUCCAACUACAGAUAAUGAUAUUGCCACAGAUAUAAUAUAUCGGGAUAUUGAUAAUGCAAACCUUAAUAUGACAUUGGAAUCUGGUGAAAUCACAAGUACAGAAGAUGAUAUCCUGUUUAGCAAAUUUGAUGUAGAUGACAAGUGUGAACUCUCGAAGAAUCAAACUAGUGACACACAUAAUAAAAAAGAUAUUUGUAUAACUAAAUUAAACAACAAGGAAAAGGAAUCACGAGAUCUGUCUGAGGUAUCGUCAAUUCGUAACUUUAGAAUACCAAAAAAGGAAAAAUCGAAAGAAGAUGAAAUUAAAGGUAAAAUCAAUUUAGAAAAUAGUGGUACUUUGAGUAUAGAAAGUCAAAAUAAUAAGUCUGGAAGUUUUAAUCCUAAAAAUAAUAAUAAGAACUAUGACCUCCCUAGAAUAAUAGCAGAGCCGAAUAAGUCCAAUAGUUUAAAAAAUAUCUCAAUCGUAAGUAUAUCUAAGGAAUGUGAACAAAGGCACAAGAAUAUUAGUCAUGGUGACGGUGAUUGCGUCAUGACCAAGUCUAUCGGGACUGUCGAAGGCGAUUUGUUAUUAAGUGAUGAUAAUGAUUGUGAUGACAUUACAUACACCACACGAGGGUAUCAAAAUGGAGAUCAAGGUAAUAAAUGUGUCAUAGAAGUAAGAGCCUCAAAAUCUGAAAUAUCUAUAACUAGCAAUGUAAAAAACAAAAAAGAAAAUAAAGCAGAGGAGCAAAUCAAUGAUAAACGAGACGAACUUAAAAAAACAACAGAGCAAAAGCAAAAAAGCAGAAAGAAAUCCCAAGACCAGAAGUCAUCUAAAACUAAAGAACCAAACAAGGAUUUGAACACAAUAAAGAAAACCAAAUCGAAAAAGGAUAAAGAAUCAAAAAAAACUGAAAUUAAAACUAAAUUUUCAGACUUAUUUGGUGAAUGUAGUAGUUUAAUCACACCUGAAGAUCUAGGUAUUGCAAAGCACACAGAAAAUAAAUUCACAGAGAUACUUGAUGACACUCAAAGUGCAAUGGAUAUUCAUGUGGAAAAAGUUGAAAGCAGUGCACCUAGUACUUUUUACAAUGACAUUCAUAAGAAUGUAGAUAUUCCUGUAACUGUUCCAAGCCAGUCUACUUACAUAGCUGGUGCUCAAGUAAAUGUGCCUGCAAAUAAAUGUAAAAAUACUGAUGUAUCAGUGCCUGUUUCCACAAGUACUCAAGAGAUUAAAGUAAAUCCUGAACUAAUAUAUAAAAAUAUAAAUGCAGAUGUAUCAAUGAAUGGUUCCAAUGUUAUUGUUAUAUCAACAGGAAAACAGCAGACUUGUGAUGAUGAAUUGAAAGAUAAUAAAAAAAUAGUUAAACAUGCAGAACCCUCCAAUAAUUUAGAACAAAAUAAUGUUCUAAAAGCUAUUGCCACAUCAACACCAUACAAGGAAAACAUUACCUUCGAAGAUUUAUGUAUUGAACAAAGUUCAUGUAGAGCAUUGGUUAACGAAGGAACGAAAUCAGCAGAGUCCACUAUAAACACAAGCUCUGUUGAUACAUGUAAUGAUGUUCCCGAUGUCAGGAUAUUUGUAAAAAGGAGAAGGAAAAUUAAGAGAUUGUGAAUUGUUUACUCAUAAAUUAUUGAUUUAUUUUAUAUAAUGUAUUAUAGGAUUCCGUUUGUACAUAAAGAAAUGAAUGAUAUUUUACUUUGUAUUCAUGUAGUAUUUACUAAUAUUCUUAUUUAUUAAGUCAAAUGUAAUUUUGGCUAAGCACAUUUUAAUUUCGAGAACACAUUUUCUAUAAUAUGAAUUUGAUGUUCAUAUCCUAUAGUACAAAUAAAAGACAAUGUUCCCAAAA